AUGCGCAUCCUGCUCCGUAGCAUCCCGGAGGAAUUCUCCGACGCCCUGGACGGGAGACCUGAGGUUUUCGAGGUCAUGGAGCAACACCUCCCGCUUGCCCUGUACAACGCUCCCCGCGACGUGAAGCUGUCCUUCAUGCGGCGCAUCCUCGCCCGUGACACGCCCCCGCCGCGGGCUCUCAGGGAGAUCGAGAUAACUAUGCACAGGCAGAAACGAUUGUCAUCGUAUGAGGUCCAAAACUUUUACAUGUGGGCAUGUACAACAAAGCAAAAGAUAUUAAGGACAAAUGCCUUAAACACGUCUCCAUAUGGCGUUGUUCUUUCGGAUAUGGGGAUGCAAGGGGUGUUAGACGACCUCAUGAAGCAGUUUGUCUCCCCUAUUUCGACAGUUUUUUUCUCUGAAGUUGGUGGUGGAUCUUUGGACUCGCACGUGUCUUUUGUUAAUUUAUAUCAUGGAGAUGACAAUAAUGGCACAGAUUGGCAUGUGGAUGAUUCUGAAGUUACACUAAGUGUCUGCCUAGGAAAAGAAUUUACCGGUGGUGAAAUGUACUUCAAUGGUAGACGUUGUGAGAAUCAUACUACUUCAAUGGAAAAAGAUGAGGAAAAGGUUAUACAUCCUCAAGUACCUGGAGAAGCUUUAUUGCAUCAUGGCCGUCAUAGACAUAGUGUCUUUCCUACAUUUUCCGGAUUCAGGGCUGAUAUGACCAUGUGGUGCAGAAGUUCGGUCUUCAGGGAGCUAAGGAAAUACAAGACUGAUUUCUCCAACUGGUGUGGUGAAUGCAAGAACCUUGGAGUACAAAUGUGAUCGCCAGGCAGGAUAAUAUAUAUGUGGCAUGUUGAUGUCAUUAGUAUGGCUCUCUUUUAACACCCGGUAGUAAAGAUGCCAAGGACUCCUGUCAACAGGCCAUGACUUUGUUACCUUAUUGUAUCCAUUUAUUUGUAUCCAGUUAUAUGUACCCAGUGGCUCCUGUACUAUGUGUCACCUUCCG